AUGGGAUCCACCUUCUUAGCAACGACCUCUGACUGGAUAUCGAAACUAUUGACCUGGGUAACGUGGAAGACCUUCCUCACCCUUCUUUCUGCUUUUUGUUUUGUGCGGGUGGUUUACGAUGAAAUCAAUAAACGGACGCAACGUCUCCCAAUGAUAGGCGAACGCGUUCUCAUUCUGGGUGCAUCUAGCGGCGUUGGAAGAGCGAUGGCGAAGCAAUACGCUGCUCGAGGUGCACGCGUCUGCGUUGUAGGACGAAGAGAGGCGUUGCUGGCGGAAGUUCGGGAGGAAUGUCUCCAGGCGCGACGGGACGUACCUGGUACAGCGGACCACGACAUCGCUGCUCUCCCAGGAGACUUUACCAGCGUUGCGGAUAUGAUCAACAUCAGAACCUUUUUGGAGGAAGCAUGGGGUGGGCUAGACACCCUGGUCGUCGCUGCUGGCGUCUCUGCGCUGAAGCCACUUCUCGCUGUUACAGGAGUCCAAGGAAACGAGGACUCGACCAAAGAGGGAAUCCAGCGCACAGUCGACAUCGCAGCAGCAGCCACGCGGGGAAACUAUGUUGGGCCCCUUAUCGCAGCCGUCACCCUUAUACCGACGCUCUCAAGAACGUCCAAGGCACCCGCUAUUCUCCUUCUCAACUCUGUGGCUGCUAUUAUUCCGGCUCCGACAAGGACCCUUUACGCCUCUACAAAGGCUGCUUCCCUCCUACUCUAUCAGGCACUUUCUAUUGAACAUCCCAACAUUGCGUUCACGCACUUCUUGCCAGCAACCAUUGAAGGAGAUUUCCGUGCUUCUGCCGUGGACAGUGGGCCCGUGAGGGAGCUCGAUCCCAACAAACACGGUCUGAAACGCGAAAAGGUCGCGAAAAGGGCGAUCGAAGCUGUAGACAUGGGCGAAAAGAACGUCAUAAUGCCUUUUAUCCCAUACCACUUCGCGCACUUUUUAUAUUGGAUGAUGGGCCCGUCAGGCUCUGUUGUUGAAAGCAUGGCUAGAAAGAAGUACAACUACAAUGUCUGA